AUGCGAAUUCGAAUAGGACGAGCACUUCGUUUAGUAAUUGCUCUUAUUAUACUUAUUCUAAUGAUUCCAUUGUUGAUGUACAAACUCGAACCAGCAAAUGAACAAUCAUUUAUUGAAAACGUUGUGGUUGAUAAGACAGAACCUUUGAAAAUCGAGGCUGUCAUACGAAAAAUUCGGAAAUAUCCAAAUAAUUUGAAUGGCACAAACUUACAACCGAUCAUGAGUGGUUCAAUGGGAAAUUAUGAACCGAGAGAUUUACCGGAGCGAACAGGCCCAGGAGAAGACGGUGUGCCCGUGCAACUUACACCUGCAGAAGAAAAAGCAGCUGAGCAGACAAUACAAGAAUUUGGCUUUAAUAUGGUGGCUUCAGAUAAGAUAUCAUUGGAUAGACGAAUUAAAGAUACGCGACCAGCAGAAUGUAAAAACUGGAUCUAUCCCAGUGAUGAAUAUUUACCAACCGCUUCCGUCAUAUUAGUCUUUUAUGAUGAAGGUUGGAGUGUAUUAUUGCGUACUGUUCAUAGUGUUAUCAAUACAUCGCCACCUGAAUUAUUAAAAGAGAUUGUUCUCGUUGACGAUGGUAGUACUGUUGCCUCUUUGAAAGAACCGUUAGAGAAGUACAUAACACGUUGGAAUGGUCUUGUAAAACUUUAUCGUACUGGAAAACGUGUCGGUCUCAUUGAAGCACGGACACUUGGUGCACAAAAAUCAACAGGUGAUGCAAUUGUUAUUUUGGAUGCGCACUGCGAAUGUGUUACAAAUUGGUUACCACCACUGUUAACACGUCUUGCAUUGAACCGGAAAGCGUUGGCUAUUCCAAUUGUUGAUGGAAUUGAAUGGAAAACUUUAGAACAUAGAAAUAUUUAUGGUUCAUCGAAUUUUCGUGGCAUUUGGGAAUGGGGAUUUUUGUACAAAGAAACGCAAGUACCUGACCGAGAAUUAUACAAACGGAAAUAUACAUCUGAGCCCUACUGGUCUCCAACACAUGCUGGUGGCUUACUAGCAAUUGAUCGUCAAUGGUUUUUUGAAUUAGGUGCUUAUGACCCUGAGAUUCGCGUAUGGGGUGCUGAACAAUACGAACUUUCGUUUAAAGUUUGGCAAUGUGGAGGUGUCGUCGAAUGGGUACCAUGUUCACAUGUUGCACAUGCAUAUCGUGGUCCUCGUCAACAUUUUUCUUACGUACCUGGCGCUCAUCCGUAUCAAACAAUAGUAAAUCAUUUGCGUGUUGCGCACGUUUGGAUGGAUGAUUAUGUUGAAUAUUAUUACCGACGUGAACCGGCGAUCACGUCAGUGAAUUAUGGUGAUGUAUCCGAAAGAAAAAAGAUUCGUGAGAAACUGCAGUGUAAACCAUUUAAAUGGUUCAUGGACAAUAUCGCUUAUGAUGUUCUACAAAAAUUUCCACCGCCGUCGAAAAAUGUGGUAUGGGGCGAAUGCCAAAAUGUCGAACAUUCCGUUUGUCUGGGACACGAUAGUGCCAGUUUUGGCGAGCCAAUCACUGUUGGUUCUUGUUACACACAGUUUGCAGUUGAAAAUAACUUCAGAGUGUGCUCGUACCAAACGAGAAAGAAAGCAAACAAAAAUAGUAUUUGGCGUUUGAACGAACAAGGUGAACUUGCAGUUGGUGAGAAUUGUUUCGUCUCCGAUGGCAGUAUCAUCAAGAAGAAGUUUUGCUUGGAUUCCAAUGGCCGAUGGAAUCCAGUUGGUGAAUGGGAAUGGAAUAAUUCGACAAAACAAAUUCAAAGUAACAAAAAUAACUUAUGCAUGGAAACCGAUAGUGAUAUUCUCAGAUUAGCAAAAUGUGACGAGAAAAAACAGUCACAAAAAUGGACAUGGAAUUCACGUAAAUACUGA